AUGAAGACCGCGCUGCUGGAGCUGGCCGUCACUUUCCCCGCCGAGCUGCUGAAAAGAACGAAGGCCGCCGCGAAAAAGAGCGAAGCCGACGAUGAUGAGCGAACGGAGGUAGAGCGGAGGGAGAGGUACAUCAAGAUCAACUACAGGGAGCACUGCCCCAAGACUCCGCUCCUCGAGACGUUGGCGCUGUACGCGCAGGCCGACUUCGUCAUCGGACCCCACGGCGCCGGCUACGAACAGAACAUGAUGACCACUGCGCGCCUGGGGUCGGCCUACCACGGGUCGGACGGCUUCAACUAUGUCGUCAACGUUCCCCACCUAGUAGGACUCGUGACAUCUGUUCUCGAAUCACGAUUCUUGGGCAAUUCCCCUGCAAACGCGACCCCGGCAGUCAAGCCAGCUCCAACGCACCAGCGCUGA